AUGAUACUCAAUUCACCUGAGGAUAUUGUUGAAAAUGCAUAUAAUAUAUUGAUCAAAGAGUCAGAAAGCAUCCAUGCUGCUGCACAACGAUUAAAACAUGACCUUCAAUCAAAAUCAGGCUUUGAACAUGCUGUUUAUCUUGUAUUUAAAUCCUUGAACGCUGGUGGCAAACUCAUUAUCACCGGUGUCGGCAAAUCAGGCAAAAUAGGCGAAAAAAUCGUGGCCACCCUGCUGUCGACCGGUAGUCAGGCUGUUUUUUUGCAUCCUGUAGAAGCCCUCCACGGCGAUCUGGGUAUCAUCCAGGCCAACGAUGUUGUUUUAGCAUUGUCCUUUUCGGGAAAUACAGAAGAAUUACUCAUGUUGGUGCCUAGCUUGAAAAUGCAUCGAAACGUACCCAUCAUUGGAUUGGGAGGCAAUCAGAAAAGUAAGCUGGCCAAAGAAUGUGAUGCUUGGAUGGAUGGUUAUGUUGAAGCUGAGGCCGCCGAAGAAUAUAUUCCAGCACCCACCUCCUCGACAACACUUGCCUUGGCGCUAGGAGAUGCCUUGGCACUGACCUUGGCUAAAUUGAGAGGUUUUACGACAGGAGGGUUUGCACUGAAUCACCCAGGAGGAUCGUUAGGAAGACGCUUUUUAUUGAAAGUGAAGGAUGUCAUGAUCGACAGUUCACUUGUCGCCAGUGUUUGUCCGAGUGCAUCGCUCGAUAUUGUCAUCAUGGAAAUGACCAAGUUUCCUAAAGGAAGCUCAGCUCAUAAGACUAAACCGAAAUCAACGGCAAUUGCUACUCAUUUAUCCUCUAUUUAUCCAUCUCCUCCACUAUCAGAAACCUCUUCUGUUGAUGAAAAUGACGAUCUUCGUCACCAAAAGACAGACAACAGGAACAAAAAGCUGAUUGGUAUCAUCACCCACGAUGACAUUCAUCGCGUCCUGAAAUCAUACCACUCGCCCGAAGGAGGCCUCUUCAACAUUCAUGCUUCUGAUGUCAUGUUACAACCAUCGCCACCCAUUACAUUAGAUAACGAACAUUUGCUGGCGUCAGAAGUGAUUGCUAUGAUGAAGUCCAAAAACAUUACGCUACUACCAGUGCUGAGUAAAAAGAAUGGCAUUUGUAUUGGCAUCGUCACUUUAAAAGACCUUCAAGAACUCUUUUAG